AUGCAAACAAAAAUAGAAAAAAUAUACUAUCCUAAAGAUGAAAUUAAGAAUGACAUUUUUUUCAAGAAGGAAGAUGAUAAUUUCUAUGCGCGUAAAAAAAAAAAUAACGAAAAAUCUAAUAUAUUAAGAAAACAUAAUAAAAGCGAAAAACAUGAGAAAAUAUUUUGUGGUAAUUUAAAAGAUAUAAAAAUAGAUUGUGACAAUUUUAAAAAUGAAAAAGAUAAUUAUAAUAAUUUUUUUGAUUCUAAAAUAUAUUUACCUGAAUUAAGAGCAAGCAAAGAAGAAUUAAAAUAUUUUUUUAAAAUAAUAUGCAUCAUGUUAGAAAAAAAUAAAAAAGAAAAUAUAUAUGUUAAUUUAAUGAAUUUUUUAUGUAAAAAUUUCUCUAUAUAUAUUGGUCUAUUUGCAAAUUUAUGGUUUCAAUGUAAAAUUUUAUUAGCUGAAAAAUUGAUAUUAAUUGAAUUUUUUAAACAACUUAAAAUAAAUUCAGAAAUAAUUAAUCAUUUUUUUAAUUAUGGUUAUGACUCUUUUGAAACAAUUUUAUCUAUUACACCACAAGACUUAAUAAAAAUUCAAAAAUUUAAUAAUGUAACUUGGAUACCUGGACACGCUUUUAGAAUUAAAAUUAUAUUUUCAAAAAUAAAUGAUUACUUUAAAUGUUUUUAUGAAAAAAACGAAGAUUACAUAAAAGAAAUGAAAAAAUUUAUUUUACAUAAUAGGAGGAAAACAAAACUAACUAACCAAUUGAUAUUAACUCAAGAAAAAAAGAACAAAAGAGAUAAAACAGAUAUUUCACCAUGCACACCAACAAAAAAAAAUGUAAUAAAAAAUUAUGAACCAUAUAUUUCUUUAAAAUUAAAAAACGAAAAUUCAAUACACAAUAAUCAAUUAUAUAGAAAUAUUCCAUUGUUAAAAUAUUAUCAAUAUUGUCCUUAUUAUAAAUUUCACAAAAAUAAAUUUUAA